UAGUGAAGUGCGUUGGAGGUUUACAGAAGCUGUCUAUAUUGGCACAUGCAUCAUAAUAUUAUGUUAUGGAUCAUGGAUACUGGUUAAAGGCCCCUGAUCUGUGGUCUGUUAAACAUUUAAAGAAUUCAAAAUGCCUGAAUUAUCGAACAGAGAGCAAAAACCUUUUCGUUUGUACUGUUACUAAACUCGAAACUGGGAUCAUCAGGCUUAACUUGCCAUUCGAGUUCGUGGCAACGUAAUGGCGCCUUUCUUGCUCAUAUUUACGACAGUAUUGGUACUAAUUUCUGUACAUAUUAUGGUACUGGACUGUUCGCAGACUUCAUGCAAUGAAAUUAAAUGUCCACGGACCAAAAACAUCGAGUGCCCGUCAAGUUGUUCUUGUCUAGGUGAACUAGUUGACUGUGGCAGACGAGGAUUAGUUGACAUACCCAGUGAUCUACCCAUCUGGGUGAAAAUAUUGGAUCUUCAGAAUAAUAACAUUGGCUACAUUGAUGAGUCAUCAUUCAGUGGGCUGCUUAACUUGACAGAAAUAAAUCUGAGCAACAACCAGCUGCGAUACAUAAAUGGUACAAAUUUCCCCGCUUUAUCUGUAUUGGAAAAGCUUGUUAUUAAACAAAACCAUUUAACAGAACUUCCAGUUCUAACUAACUAUCCUGCUCUACAGGAAUUAUAUGUACAACAUAACGAAAUUCAUAGCUUAAAUUCUUCAGUACUGGAAGGUGUACCUAAGCUUGAAAAAUUAAAUCUUAGCUUUAAUAAUUUGGUUGAUCUUCCAUCCAAUACCUUUGGGAAUUCUACAUCUCUGCGUGAUCUCUCCCUCAGUCAUAAUCGUAUAGUCAGUUUAGAGAAGGGCGUGUUUGAUAAACUUACUUCUUUGGAGAGCUUGAAGCUGAGCAAGAACAAAUUGUCCUCAAUUCCAAAAGAGCUUUUCAGGCAUUUAAACACUCUUCAGCAUCUUGAAAUAAACUCGAAUAGUUUGACUCAGAUUGAAGGGCUUAGCUUCCAAGGGCUGGUUUCCUUGGUAGUUUUGAAGUUAAGGCAUAGUGGAAUAACUUAUUUGCAAGAUGGGGCUUUCUAUGGCUUAAAUGGAAUAAAGAGAUUGUAUCUGGAUUACAAUAACAUAAGGAAGAUUACCAAAGGAUGGUUGUAUGGAUUAGACACAUUGCAGCGGCUGUAUGUGAACAAUAAUAAUAUUUCUGAAAUAGAAGAUAAUGCUUGGGAUUCUGGAAGACGGUUAUUGGAAUUGGAUAUGUCUCACAACAGAUUGCAAAUUAUAUCAUCUAAAAUGUUUGAUAAACUCUAUUCAUUAAAAAGGCUUAUCUUAAACGACAAUCUGAUAACUUAUGUUGAAGAAGGAGCAUUUCGCUCUUUGUCAGCACUUCAAUACCUUGAAUUGAAAAACAAUGAAGUUUCAUGGACUAUCGAAGAUACUGGUAAAAUUUUUGCUGGACUAGUCAGAUUAAAAUAUUUAGGGCUUUCAAAUAACAAGAUCAAAGCUAUCGUAAAAAGAGCAUUUACUGGUCUCUCCAAGCUGGAAACUUUGAACAUGACUGAUAAUGAUAUUACCACCAUAGAAGAAUAUGCUUUUGAUGAGAUGAGUCACCUUCAGGAGCUCUAUUUGAACACAACUAGCCUGCUUUGUGAUUGCCACUUGGCUUGGAUGACAAUAAGUUUUCAGUAUGGUGUGUAUGCAAAGUGCGGAUUCCCGGAGAAACUGAGAGGAGAAUCUGUAUUUGAAGUUUCUCCGUCAGAAAUGCUUUGUGAGAAUUCUCCUAAACCAGAAAUUAUUAAAGAACCACAUGCUAAUCUAACUUUGAAAGGAGAAAAUGUGACUUUGGAAUGUCAAGCUAGAAGUAGUAGUUCCUCUGACAUCAGAAUUCAUUGGAGGAAAGAUGGAAAAUUGCUUCAUAAUGUUAGGCAUCGUAUGAGGAACUUCAGUGUAAGAAGAGGAAAUUUUACAAUUUUUACAAGCUUUUUGAAUAUUUACAACAUUAGAGAUGAAGAUGAAGGCCGCUAUCAAUGUGUAAUUUCAAACCACUUUGGAUCAGUUUAUUCAAAUAAAACUCGAAUAACAGUGCAUGUGUUCCCAGUAUUUAGUAAAACACCUGUUGAUAUUGCUAUUAAAACUGGUAGCACUGCCAGACUUGAAUGUGCAGCCAAAGGUCAACCGCGUCCAAACAUUUUAUGGCGGAAAGAUGGGGGUGCUGAAGAUUUUCCUGCAGCCCAAGAAAGGCGUAUGCACAUAAUGCCAACUGAUGAUGUGUUUUUCAUAACUGGUGUAAAACCAAGUGAUACUGGUGUCUACAGUUGUACAGCUCAAAAUGUGGCUGGAACCAUUGUUGCAAAUGCUACAUUAACAGUCUUAGAAACUCCAUCAUUUGUGAAAAAGAUGGAAGACAAAGAAACCAGAGCUGGUGAAACAACAGUUCUUGAAUGCAUGGCAGCUGGUAGUCCGAAACCAAAAUUGACGUGGACUAAAGAUGGUGGUCCUCUGUAUGUUACAGAACGUCAUUUCUUUACUGCAGAAAAUCAGCUCUUAAUAAUUGUACAGUCACAAAUAUCUGACAGUGGCACCUAUUCCUGUGAAAUGUCAAAUACUGUGGGAACAAAACGUGGAUCUAGUCAUUUAAAAGUUUCACCAGUAAAUGGAGGUAGCUCACAGAGUGUUAAUGAUGAAAAUCACAGCACAACAGGAAUCAUUGUUAUUGCAGUGGUGAUAUGUAUUGUUGGAACAUCCAUUGUGUGGGUGAUUUUUAUAUAUAAUACCAGGAAAAGAGAUCCUCACAUACCUCAUGAAGAUGAGAGGUUUUCUCAAGUUCCAACAAAUUCAUCUGAUCGGUCUUCUGAUCUGGUGCCAUACAGUACGUGCUCAGGGAUGUGUCCUAAAGACUUAAAGAAACAGUGUGGUCGCAAUGUAUUUUUGGAUACGCAUUCUGGCCAUUCAAAAGAUAGUGGCACUGGGGACAGUGGUCAGCAAAGUAGUGAUAAUUUGUUAUUGGAGGAUGACCAUGGUUUGUUGAUAGCAGCUAGGCCAUCUUCAAAGUUUGGAGGAUUUCCACUGAUGGGCAGCCUUCGAACACUCCAAGGCAGUGUUGUUGGAAGUCAACCUAUUGAAGAACCUUACAGUUCUGUUAAUAACUCAGUGUCAAAGGAGCAAGUACCAUUAUUAGAAUCUUUUAGGACUAGUAGCAAUGCUCCUUUGCAGCAGAAUAAAUCAGGGUGCAAUCCUAAGUGGCCUGUAUUAAAUAGUGUCCACUGUAUGCUGCCUCACUGUAGAUCAGGAAAAUGGCCGUCCGACGUGACUCAGCGCUCUUAUUCUGCGGAGCAGCUCGGAGAAGCUCCUGCAAGCCACUGUCAUUGUGAUCCUCCCAGGGCAUCAUUGCUUCGUACUGAUAGUGAAGCUACCGAGAGAGAUUCUGGAUUUUCUACAUUUCCUCGUAGCAUAACUCUAGCAUCUGUAAGCAAUUGGAGUGGUGAUUCCCCAAGGUUUCUGAGAUUACCGAAAGAUAUUCCUAAUGACAGUGGGAGUUUUUCCAUCGCUGGUGAUGAAGUACAGGAGCUAUCCAACAAUAAUAGGUGUCAUUCUGUAACAAUACUUCCAGUGCACAUGGUCUAGUAAAAGUUGUACAGGUAUUACCAGUGUCGUGUCUAUCGAUACAUAGUGAAAGUGCUCGAUUUUCAUAUUGUGUACAUUUAUUUUAAGAAAAUGUAUUAUGCAUAGUCAAAACAUCAUCAUAUAGAUUCAUUUGUAAACACAGUUCAGGCAUUUUAUCAGGUUUUGUGUAUUUGUAAAUAUUCUGAAGCAGCUAAAGAUUUUCUGUAUGUAUAUUAGUGUAGAUAUGUUAAAUAGAUAUUGUGUGUAAAUGUUGUGAGUGCUGGUAAAAUUGUCGUGAGUAGACUUCAAGUAGCCAUCUUAAAAUAUACUGGGGUACAAUGAGGAAAUAAUAUGAAAAUAAAGGUAACAAGUGUCAAGUUUAAAUUGGAUUUAUUUAAGUUUCAGUUAAGAAAAUGAGUAUCUGUUUGUCAAAAGCUUUAGCUUUUGGCCCCCCCUUUUUUAAAUCAUAAAUUUAUACAGUAGGUGAUUUUCUAAAUGAAAACAAUUUUGCAUUCGGUUAUACGUAUACAAAUCAUUUUAAAGCAUGAAAGUCAUUUUAAAUUAAACAUCAGAUUCUUUUUAAUUCAUCACUCAUCUGGAAAUAUGUUUUGAUGUAUUUAUUGUCUUAAAAUUGAAUACUAAAGUAGUGUAGCUAGUUGAUUUAGUGGUACAAUAUAUAUGAAAAGAGGGGGUUACAUCAUGAGGUCUGAACUGUGUUUUCGACACAUUUGUAAAUAUGUACAGAGAUUGAAUCUAGAUCAUAGAGAUUUAUGGUAUAAUAUAGCACAUUUCAUUCUACAAGAAAUUUCAUUAACUUAAAAAGAUUUGUUGUGCAUGUUUUUGUGUGUUUUGUGUAACUAUUCACUUACAAAAUUUGUAGUAAAAACUUGGAACUUUUAGUGCCAUAGUGAACAGUGCAGGUGACAAGAUAUGGAGUAUGAAUUUUGCAGCUUGAAAGUUACUAAAAAUGAAAAAGAACAUUUUAUAAAACCCAUCUGAUAUAUAUUAUUUUCCUUCUCUCUUCAUACAUAAUGUUUUACUUUCUUUUGUCAAGUAAAAUUUAAUUUUAUUAAAAAGACUAAAGUUUGGUUCAGUAAGAAAAGAGUGAUAUCUGUAUAUAAAAAGGAAUUAAUUUUUUUGUACUAUCUUGCAUUAUCACAUUUUCCAUUAUUUCCUGAUUUUUUUUUAUUUAGAACUUGAAUUAACUUCAUGCUAAAUUUGAAGCUAAUAAAAUUCUGUAAUAAAAUAUAUGCCUUUCAGAAAAAUUAAAAUUUUAGUACUUUUUUUGCCAUGUCUGGGAUUUUCCAUUUUUAUUAAUAUAUAUUUUUUAAUAGCUAACAUGUAAGUUGAAUUGUGUGAGAUAUGUCUUUUUAUUGUUUGAGUUUGUUUUGUUGUUGAGAAAAAAGUCUAAAAGUGUAUAAUCUUCUGUUUAAAUUUAUUCAAUGUUGAAGGUAUUUUUAAUCCUUUGUAAUCAAAAUAACAUUGCUGUUCAACUGUUGUACAGUCUUAAAAAAUUGCAACAGAUUUUAUGCAAAUUGGUUAUAACGUGUUAUAUACAAUCAAAUCUAAUAAUUUAUGUUUUACCUGUGCAUGCUAUGAAAUGCCAACAACAUUAAAAGUUUUUGUUUGUUUGUUUGUUUGUUAAUAGAAAGUUUUAUAUACUAUUUGAAAAAAUAACAGUUUUUAAGACCAUGCUAUUUUAGUUAAAGAUAAUAUUAAAAUUGUGGACUACAUAUGUUUGGAGUAAAAGAUCAUAGCUUGAUUAUAUUAAAUUUAUUAUAAUUGUAUUGAUGUUUAUUCUUUCAUUUUCUAUUAAUUUAUAGAUGUAUAUAUUCAUGUGAAAUACUCAGUUCAGCUGCAGAUUUCAUAUAUGGAUAAAUUAUGUUCUGUAAUAUCUUAUAAUGCAGCUUAAAGCAGCUCAUGUAAUAUUGUUAAAUUUACUGAAAUUCCAAGGGUUUAUGUAAUAAGUUUUCAAUUUGAUUUUUCAUAUUGUGGAGAAUAAUAAAGCUAUAAAUAAAUAAAAUUCAAAUUAUUUAGUUAUGUAAUUAGUACAUGAGCCUGUAGCAGAUUUUUAAUAUUUAAAUAAAUAAAUCACUCAUUUUUCAUGUUUUGUAGUUUAUAACUUGGGAGGAGGGAAGAAGGGUCAAAAUUAAAACCUGAUUAAUAAUUCAAUAUUUUUUUACAUUUUAAUGUAGCUUUACAGUUGAAUUCAUUAGUGAUGGUUAACUAUUGGCUUGUAGCUAGGUUAAAUAAAAUAUCAUUAUUGAUUAAAUUUGUAUAUAUUUUGAUGUUUCUGUAGUCAUCUUCAUACAAAGAUUAUUUAAAAUCUUAAUCCAGCAAUAAUCUUGCAGUGACUGGUUUUUAUUAUUUGAAAGCAUAUAAAACUUUGAAUUACAAUCUUGGAAUAUUUGAAAACUGAGUUUAAAAGGGAAACAUGAAAUAUCAUGCAUACUCAUGCUUUUAUUAUAAAAAUAUUGUAAGAUGAAAUAUGAAAUUUUCUGCUAUUUCUAAUUAAUUUAUUAUCAAGAUUUUAAAAUCACAUUUAAUUAGCCUCCUAUGAAAUAAACAGGCAUCAUCCAAGAUCUUCGAUAAAUCAUAUUGUUACUAUUUUAAUAGAAAGCAUGGAAGGGUUUCCAAUACGUACAAUUAUUUAAUUAUGGAAAAUCAAUUUAUUUAAAAACACAUGCAGUGCUUUUAUCCGAUAUAAGUCAUGAGAGUUAUAUUAAUGAUACAAAAUUUAUUGUUUUCCAUGUAUUGUGUAUUGUACUGAAGUAGUUGUAAAUGUGAUGUCAGUGGAGUGUAUAAUGUAGUCAGUUUAUUGAACGUCAGUGUAAAAAGAACUAACUUCAUCUAGAACAAUUUCCUGUAUAAUAGCAGUUAUUUCCAUAAUAAUUUUUGUAUGCAUUUAUUAAUUGGUUUUAAAGUACUGGCUUAAUUCAAGUUGUUCAAGAAUGUCUGAAAUAGUUUGCACAAUUUUUAAAUUAUUUAUGCAUAAACUCAGAUCAGAAUAUCCUUUAGUGCUUAUGUGUUUGAUGAAGCUAAUUAUGAGCUUUUUUCUUGCCAUGUGUUAAAUUUUUAUUUGUGCCAAUUAUGCUUCUUAACUAAGCCGAGAGAUAAUCUGUUUGAGUCAGAUUAUUAUUGUUGUUAUUAUUAUUAUCAUGUAGAAAUUAAUAGUGCAAAUGUUGGAUUUUCCCUUCAGUUAUUGUACAAACUGUAUACUUUUAAAAGAAACUGUUCAAUUUGUGCUAUUUAAAUACUUUUUUUUAAAUCAUUUGUGUACAGAUUGUGUGAAUAAACAAUAGUAUAAAAAUUUA